ACCCUCCGCACACUCCCCUUUCUCGACACCGACAAGGGCCAUUUCACCCACCAUGGCUUCCGUCCCGAGUGUGCAAUGCUUCGGCAAGAAGAAGACGGCCACCGCUGUCGCCCACUGCAAGCAAGGCAAGGGCCUCAUCAAGGUCAACGGCCAGCCCCUUUCUCUGGUUCAGCCUGAGAUCCUCCGCUUCAAGGUCUACGAGCCCCUCCUGAUCGUUGGCGCCGACAAGUUUGCUGGUGUCGACAUCCGUGUCCGCGUCACCGGUGGUGGUCACACUUCCCAGGUCUACGCCAUCCGUCAGGCUAUCGCCAAGUCGAUCGUCGCCUACUACCAGAAGUACGUUGACGAGCACUCCAAGAACCAGCUCAAGCAGGCUUUCGUCCAGUACGACCGCACACUCCUCGUGGCCGACAACCGCCGUGCCGAGCCCAAGAAGUUCGGUGGUCGCGGUGCCCGUUCUCGUUACCAAAAGUCCUACCGUUAAAGAAACAAAAGCGAUUGCGAAUAUUGUUUUUUGGUUUCUUUACACGGCGAGGAUUUGGUGGACGUGCAGGAUGUCUGGAGGAACGGGAAUUGCCGAAAAGCGAUUCUAGGGAUUCAAGAAGAAAAAAAAUCUACUUCGGAUCAUGGUUAUGUGACAGUCGCAUAUGGGAUAUACUGGCUGCUUUUAUUUUAUUCUACGGCUGGGAAUAGUGUAG